AUGCUACAAGAAAUUCAACUCGUUCAAGGUCAGACGAACUAUGUGGUUGUCGCGUCAGGAUAUCCUUCUAGUACAUUAACUAAAACGCUCGUAGAAAAAAGAAAUGUGGCCAUUGCUCCUGCUCCCGAGAAAAACUACGUUACACAUGAUACGCCGCCAAAUCUACAAUACAGAAAAAAGGUGCACUUCAAGACAAACCCUUACACCGGACCCCAGGCAGCAUCCAUCGCAAGACGUAAUGCGCGAGAACGUAACCGUGUCAAGCAAGUGAAUGAUGGAUUCAAUGCACUCCGCCGUCACCUGCCCGCGUCCGUUGUAGCUGCAUUAUCAGGUGGCGCUAGACGUGGCUCCGGUAAAAAACUUAGCAAAGUGGAUACACUAAGAAUGGUCGUCGAAUACAUAAGAUACCUGCAACAAUUAUUGGAUGAAAGUGAUGCAGCUUUAGGCAUAACACGUGAUCAGGAAAACCGAGAAAAUAUGCCAAAUGGAAGCACAUUACAACCAAUGACAUCAAUGGAUAUGGAUGAUGGAUUUUUUUAUGGCAGUGGGUCUCCGUGUUCUGAAAAACCAGAUUCUCCUGCACCUUCUGAGUGUUCGUCAGGCGUAUCCUCGGCGUACUCGGCCGAUCGGUACGAGGUUACAUCACAACAACAACAACAACAACUCGGACCUAUGGAUGAGGACGAGUUAUUAGACGUCAUCUCAUGGUGGCAGCAGAAAUAA